AUGCAUGUUCAGAAAUUGGAAAAUGAAAUUCACGAUCUUCAGCAGUAUACCAGAAAGGAUAAUCUAGAAAUCGUUGGUAUUCCCGAAACCAAGCAGGAAAAUCUACUGGUCGUCAUGGAGGCUGUCGCAAAAUCUAUAAACGUGGAUUUCAAGAAGGAAGACCUAUCGAUUGUCCACAGAAUGCCAACCGCCAAAGGAUCUUCUUCUAUCGUGGCGAAAUUCAGUUCCAGGAGUAAGAAAAUUGAAUGGAUCGCCGCGGCAAGGAAAAUGAAAGGCAUCAAGUCCACCGAUAUAUGCAACAAGCUACCCAGAUCAGACGUCUAUGUGAAUGAACACCUCUCACCCUACUACAAACGAUUACUAGGUAAAGCUAAAAGUCUAAAAAUAAAUAAAAAGCUUACUUUCGUCUGGGUUCGUGAUUGUAAAAUUUUUGUCAAAAAAAGUGAACAUUCUCGAACAAAAAGAAUCAUGAACGAAGAGGACUUGAACGAAUAUAAUAAUUAG